UGAAUUAAUAUUGUAAGUCAUGUACUGUGGUUAUACUAUUCUGAUUUCUGUUAGUAUUAGUUGUUCAUGUGAUUGCUAGCUAUUUUGUUUUUACAGUAAGAUCCGGGCUUUUUGGUUUUCUUUCCUAUCCUGCACAAUUUGUAUAUGUCUCCAGGGUGGACACAGAAUGGCUGUCACUUGGUAGGGAGAUCAGUAAAGCUAUGAUAAUACAUUUUUCCCCCUCUCAAGUGAGACAUGCUGGCUUCUCAUUCUCUGCCUGUUUACAGGGUGACCAUCAUGCUGAGUGUCUCUGGCUAGCAUCCAUGCAGGCUGGCUUAGUGCUGUGAUUCACAGGCUCUCUCAUGUGUGAGGACAUUGGAUUCUCUCUUCUGAAAACUCUUCUACAAUUUCAGAAGAGGAACACGUUGAUGAGGUAAGGAGAUGACAUGGUCUUCUUCCGUCGAUGUAGAAAGAUAGCACAGAUGAUUGUCUGAAAAAGCCAAUUCUACACCGUGCAAGCAUGGCUUUCGCCCAGUCGCACAUUAUGGCCGCUAGAAGGCAUCAACACAGUAGACUCAUAAUUCAAGUGGAUGAGUACAGCUCAAACCCCACACAGGCUUUCACGUUCUACAACAUUAACCAGGGACGUUUUCAGCCCCCACAUGUGCAAAUGGUGGAUCCUGUGCCCCAUGAUGCUCCCAAACCUCCAGGAUAUACCCGGUUUGUCUGUAUUUCUGAUACUCACUCAAGAACUGAUCCAAUCCAAAUGCCCUAUGGAGAUGUUUUAAUACAUGCUGGUGACUUCACUGAACUGGGACUUCCUAGCGAAGUUAAAAAAUUCAAUGAAUGGUUAGGUAGCCUGCCAUACGAAUACAAGAUUGUGAUAGCAGGAAAUCAUGAAUUGACCUUUGACCAAGAGUUCAUGGCAGACUUAAUCAAGCAGGACUUUUACUAUUUCCCCUCUGUGUCUAAGCUGAAACCAGAGAGCUAUGAAAAUGUGCAGUCUCUUCUAACAAAUUGCAUCUAUCUUCAAGACUCUGAAGUUACAGUGAGGGGGUUCAGAAUAUAUGGCUCUCCUUGGCAACCUUGGUUUUAUGGCUGGGGCUUUAAUCUUCCACGAGGCCAAGCACUAUUAGAAAAAUGGAACCUUAUUCCAGAUGGAAUAGAUAUUCUUAUAACACAUGGACCACCUCUUGGUUUUCUAGACUGGGUCCCUAAGAAAAUGCAGAGAGUAGGAUGUGUGGAGCUGCUGAACACAGUCCAGAGACGAAUACAGCCAAGACUUCAUGUUUUUGGACACAUCCAUGAAGGUUAUGGAGUAAUGGCUGAUGGAACCACUACCUAUGUGAAUGCCUCGGUGUGCACUGUGAAUUACCAGCCUCUCAAUCCACCUAUAGUUAUUGACUUACCUACUCCAAGAAACACAUGAUUGUUACAGGGAUUUCAUGAUGUACCCAUCACACAGCAAUUUUCUAUUGCUGGCUAAGAAAUAUGAUACAAAACCAUUCAAUGAACAAAUGAAGACCUUUUUUUUUUCUUUUAAUUCUUCACAACUAUAUUCGAGUGAUGAAAAUAAAUGGGAAGCAAAGACAUUUUAGUACCAAUAUUUUCCAGAAGCUGAUUAAGGACUGUAAAAUUUCAGCAUUAAAAUUAUUGUGAAUACACAAAAGUGAAUGCAUUCCACAUAUAUUAGGGAGUUGGGGGGUUUUGUAUCCACCAUAUAUUGAACUUAUUAAAAGUAUCAAGUCUUUUCAAAGGUGUGUUUCUUAAAGAAUGUUUACAGUUUAAACAUGAAUGUUUAGACUAGAAUGUAACCGUUUAAAACAUUUUCCAGUGCGUACUUGGUAAAAUAAAAUGAUGUUGAUAUUUUUGCUGAAUAAUAUGACAAAUAUGAAAAAAGUCUACAGAAGUACUGUAUUGAGCCAGUUUUAAAAAAAGCAGAGUUAUUACUGCAAAUCCUUCUGAAGUCUGUGCCCUUGCAUGCUUUCAAAGCCAGUGCAGGAGAAGAUCCUAAUUGCUGCUCUGUAAUUCAGUUGCAUCACAGCUGGCAUUACAGAUGGAAGGGGAAAUGGUGCAUACUGCCAGUGUGUGGUAAUCAGCUCAAUGUUCUAGAAGGGAGAUCUUGUUAAACGUAGUACAAACUCAGGCAUUUGUAAACUCUGAAAAAAGUUCCUUGUGGAACAUGAGAGUUGAUCUGUGAUUGGAUUUAAAACAAAAGGAAGCCCUGUGACAGCCAGUAGUAGUUUUAAAAAGUAGGCUACCAGGUGGCUCUUUGGCUUAAAGAACCGGUAAAGGGAUGUGCGGCCUGUCAGAAGGCCAAUGGUUUGAAUCUGAUCCAUGAUGGGAAUGAUUAAAAGGCUGAGGUAAUUCAUCCCUGGAUUAACACUCCUGACUUCAAUGGAGUUACCAAAGAGUUUUGCCCUGUAUCUUCUAAUAGCUGUUCAGCAGCAUGAGUGAAAAUGAGAGGCACGCUCACUGCAGUUUAUCCGGCACUGGUGUUAGCCUCACAAACCCCUCCAUUGCUGUUUGCCUCCUUGUGAGCCGUGGUAGUAGAGAUCAAGGACUAAAUGAACCCUGGAGCUUGAAAUCAUUUCUAAUCCCUCUCUACAGUCCAUUCUGAUGGAAGGGCUACCGUGCAUUGGCAGGGGUGGGCAGGGAAGCUGAUACAAGCAGGCUGUGUCUAGACUGCCAAGUUUUUCCAGAAAAU